AUGAUGUAUCCACCAUCAUUUAAAUAUGAAAUUGUCAAAGAUGACAAUGUAAAUAUAAUUUUGAGAUGUGAUGUGAAAUCUAUGGAAGACAUCAGUGUGUGGGUUGCUGAGUUUGGUAAAGUAAAUUAUUUAAAUUGGAACGUUCGAACUAGUGUUCCAAAUGGGCAGCGAAUUGUGUAUUCAAAAAAGUUUGUUUGUCAACAUAGUGGAUUUCAGAAGCCUAGUAUAUCUGAAAAUCAAAAAGGCCUUUCGAAAAAUGCUGAAUGUCCAGCUAAUGUUAAGACUGUUAUUAAACUGGACACAGUAUCUACAAGGAAGAAAGAUCCAUUUAUUAAGGUAUUUAUAAAUUCAAUUAAACUCAUAAUUAAUUUUUUUGUCUUUUUGUUUAGCUUGUGAAUUUGUCCAGAUCAUCUAUGGUAAUAUAUUAUUCUGAUACUAUUUUAAUUUUAAUUUUUGCAAUUAGUUUUUUUUUGCA